UGAGAGGACAUACAAACUGCUCUCUCCACAUGGCUCAACAACAAACAAAUCUUUCACAAAAAACGGAUUGUUUGUUGAGAACCCGUAAUAACCAAAUAAGUCUGCUUCUAGAAACUAACAUCUAAUCAUGGGUGAGGGCGCGGACGUGUACAUCCGCGAUGACGAGCACGCAUGGGUUCCGGCUCGUGUGGUUGAAUCGGACGGCACAACUGCCAAAGUAGCUGUUCCUCAAUAUGCUUGUGAGGAAGAGAUCACCAGUGACGGCGGCAAAGCUGCCACUGGUUUCAAAACUGCGGAAGUGAAACUCAAAGAUUAUCAUUCUGGUGUCCUUCCUUUGCAAAACGUCAAUGAAAGUGGAACCUUGAUUGAGGUCAACGACAUGGUUGAUCUUCCUUACUUGCACGAGGUAUGUAAUGUCUUCAACCCAUGUGUAUACAUUUCUCGUUCUGAAGUGAAUAUGUAUAAUAUGUGGUUUGUAAUGGCAUCUGAUCACCAUUGACCUUCUUUCUUCUUCAUAAAUUCUACUUUCGUGCAACUCUUCCAUGAUUAUUCUUCCGCACACGCAAACCUCAGGCUGCCAUUUUGUACAACUUGAAGUCAAGACACGUGAGAGCUUUGCCCUACGCUCGUGUUGCAGACAUUGUUAUUGCGGUGAAUCCGUACCAGUGGCUUACGCAUCUCUAUGAAGACGAAGUUCGUAUGCAUUACGCCCAGAGGAUCGUAUGGGACGACAACGAAAAUGAUCCCAGAAUUGGACUUGACCCUCACAUCUAUGAAAUUUCUUCAUUGUGUUACAAGGGACUUGCGCUGGAGAAGCAAAACCAAUCCAUCUUGGUGUCUGGAGAAUCCGGUGCUGGAAAGACUGAGACUGUCAAGAUUUGCAUGAACCACAUUGCUACCGUCCAGCAGGAUCCAAACGAGGAGAAAAUGGAAGGAAUGUCUCCUGUGGUUCAACGUAUUCUAGAUUCUAACCCACUUCUGGAAGCCUUCGGUAACGCCAAGACUCGUCGUAAUGAUAACUCUUCCAGAUUUGGAAAAUACAUUAUGCUUCAGUUUGAGCAUUUGGCACCGGAAGGCGGCGCGAAACCUCGUUCGGCACUUGCAGGUUCCGCUUGUGAAGUGUACCUCCUGGAAAAGUCUCGUAUUGUGACGCACGACUCGGUCGAGCGUACCUAUCACAUUUUCUAUCAGUUACUUAGUUCAUCUGAUGAGAUCAAGAGUGAAAUCUGGGAAGGACUAACAGGAAAGGUCAACGAGGACUUUAAGUGUGUGGGAACAUCUCCGAUUAAAGGAAUCGACGGCAAAUCAGAUGCCGAUAACUUCACAGAUACGAAAUCUGCUUUGGAGCUUGUGGGUAUCAAGGGUGAGCCCUACAUUGAACUUUUCCGUGCGAUUUCUGCGGUGAUGCAAUUGGCCGAGCUGGUGUUCGCGCCUGAUCCUAGCGACGACGAAAAAAGUGUGAUCACAUCGAAAAAAGAAUUCGAUGAUCUACAGAAACUUCUAGGUGUUGAACCGACUACGCUAGAAUUGGCUUUCACGGAGAAAACUAUUAAAACUCGUGGAGAAGAAUACAAGGUCCCCCUCAAGGCUGAUAUUGCAACUGAAUCUGCUGGUGCGUUCGCCAAAGAGAUUUACGCCAAGACCUUCUUGUGGUUGGUUCGCGCUCUCAAUGAUGCGACUUGUGCCGAGAAUAACUGGCCUGCGGGUGAUACCGUUGAGUAUGGCUUGAUUGGUCUUUUGGAUAUUUUUGGAUUUGAAUCUUUCCCCGUCAAUGGAUUCGAACAGCUCUGUAUCAACUAUUGUAACGAGAAGCUCCAACAGAAAUUUACUCAGGAUAUUUUCCGAACCGUUGUCGAGGAAUACAAACAAGAAGGUCUGGAUCUCGAAGAGAUCAAGUACGACGACAACUCUGAUGUGUUGGCGCUAAUUGAAGGGAAGGGUGGAUUUAUCAGAGCACUGAAUGAAGAAUGCGUCCGUCCAAGUGGUAACGACCCGACGUUUGUCAGCAAGGCCUUGAAGGCGAACAAAACUGUUGCGUGUCUUAUUCAAAAGCGAACCUUUUCACCACUUGAGUUCGGUGUUCACCACUUUGCUGGAUCCGUCAUUUACUGUGCUGAAGGCUUUGUUGGUCGCAACACCGACACCCUUCCUGUGGAUCUUGCGGCGUGUGCCAAGAUGUGUAAAAACGAGAUCAUUUCGAAGCACAUGGACAACAACUCAGCUUCGAACCAGAAGAAGAAGGAGGAUCCCGACAAGGCACCCCCUAAACGUGCGAAAAGUAGUAUGACCGGAGAUACGGUGAUGACUCAGUUCAAGACCCAACUGACCAGUUUGAUGAAGGGCCUAGCGUCGACAUCAUCCCGUUACAUCCGUUGUGUCAAGCCGAAUACGAGAAAAGCGAAAUGUGUUAUGAUGCACAACACCACUUUGGAUCAGCUGCGUUCUGCUGGUGUGGUUGCAGCCGUCACGAUUUCGCGUUCUGCGUUUCCGUCAAAGCUCGAUUUUCCUGACGUACUGUAUCGCUAUGGCAUUCUGAAUCCCGAGAAGGACAAGGCGUAUCCAGACGACAAAGCAGAAAUCGACGAAAUGCUAACCACGGUGCUGAAAAGGUUUGAAAAGACUAGGAAGGACGGAUCAAUUUCCAAGGCAUUUGCUGUCGGAAAAACAAAAUGUUACUUCAAGGGUGGUUGUUUGGAAUUUCUAGAAUCAGAGAAAGCCAAGAUUUGGUUCAAAUGGGCCGUAAAAAUCCAGAAAGUGAUUAGGGGACGUCUCACCAGAGAUAGACUCGAGAGAGAACGAAUUGCUAGAGAAGAAGCGAGAUUGGCCGCUGAAAAGGCUGAGCGAGAACGAAUUGAAGCGGAAGAAAGGGCGAAAAGAGAAGCCGAGGAAAAAGCAAGAAAGGAAGAGGAGGAACGUCUUGCGGCAAUCGAGUGGGAGAAGAACAGAGAAGCGAGGGAGGAAGCUGAGCGUCUGGAAAAGAUUCGAUUGGCAGAAGAAGCCGAAAAGGAAAAGGCUCGAUUGGCAGAGGAAGCGCGUCUGGAAAAGAUACGAUUGGAAAAGGAAAAGGCACGAUUGGAAGAGGAAGCGCGCCUGGAAAAGAUACGAUUGGAAGAGGAAGCAAAGGCAAGGGCCGAAGCAGAACGCAUUGCGAAGCUCAAGGCGGAAGCAGAAGAGAAAAAAAGGAUCGCGGAAGAGAAAGCAAGGAUCGAAGCAGAACGCAUUGCCGCAGCGAAGAGGGCCGAGGAGGAACGCAUUGCCGCAGAGUUGAGGAGGAAGGAAGAAGAGCGCAUGAGAGCACAGAGGGAACUCGAGAAUAAAAGCGCAAUUACGAUUCAGUGCAUGUUCUAUCAAUAUACUGCCCGUCAAAGAUUCAGAGAUCGAAAGAAGGAGAAGAAAUUGCAGAAGCGCAUGGGCAAAAAGUGGAAAAAAGCUGCCACCAAGAUCCAAGCCAUCGCUCGUGGAUUUCUUCAACGACCCAAAUACAGACAAGCUCUGCUCGAUAAGGCUGAGGAGGACAAUCUGAAGAACCAGCUCGGCAACAUGGAGGCAAAACUCGAGGAAGCCGAACAAGCGCGCAAGCAAGAGCUCGAAGAUGUAAAAUUCAAAUUCGAACAGGAAAUGGAAGAUAUGAAGGAGAAACUGAAAGAGCAGCUCGAAGAAGAAAUGGCGAAUGCAGGAAAUUCAGCCCAGCACCAAACACUUAUCGACGAGUCUGGCAAGAUUAUUGAAUACUUGAGAAAAGAAAAUGCCAAGUUGCGAAAGCAGUCUGACAGCACCAAGAGGGAGUACAAAACUCUGAAAGAGCAGAACACUCGUCUGAAGGAGGCCAAUGAUUCUGCCAGCAAAUCUUUCAACGAACUCAAUAAUCAUGCAAAGGGCUUGAACGCAACCAACGCCCGGCUCAUCAAGAACGUCGAUGCUUUCAAGAAGCAGCUUGUGAAGAUGAAGGAGGAUUUGAAGAAUCGCCAGGCCUUCUACCUUGCCGAAGCACACGCCCGUGUUGCGUACCAAAAAACCCUUGCCCGCAUCGUGUCUCAGGUGCAGAACCAAUCCAGGGACGCCCAGCUCGUCGAGGACGUGGUCAUCUGGGCCCUCGAAUGCGAGGCCGAAGCGAAGGCGGAACGUGCCGCCCUCGAGAACGCCGGACAAAAGGCACCCCCGGGUGUGAUCAACGCCGCUCCGAAAAGAGCCGCGAGGCCCAUGGACUCGGACUCCGACGACUCGGAUUCCGACUCGGACUAGAGGUGGUCCAAAACAUCAGUACUAUCAUUAUUUUAUAUUAUAACUUUCGAUUUAUGUGUUUGGUUGCGACUGCAAUAGAAGUACGUUUCCUGC